GUUAUCUUUGUUUUAAUUCCAAACGAAGCUCAAUAGAGGUGUGAACAUAGCGUGUCUUGUAGCUAUUUGCCUUUCUUGUUUCCGCUGUAAAGGUGUGCGUACGGGAACUGCUGUUUCUCUAAACACUAACUGAGUUACCGGCCUACCUCAGUGAGACGUGGCUGUUUUACCUAGACUGUAGUGUUUGUGUACUACCGACUGUUGUUUGGAUUGCUAAGGCUGAACAACAGUACAACGACAGGAAACAAGUUCUAUUAGUAGUAGUCGUAAACAUAGUCAGUCUGUAUGAGAUUCUGUUGUGACAGUUGCCGGGUCGCAAUCACCUGGUGCAACUGACGCUUCCCUGUCUCGUGUAUUCGUUUCGGCGGUGUGUGCUUCGGCGAAAAAAACAGCACAACCAAAAAAGAAUAGAACAUCCCUAGCAAAUAUCUAGGAGAGGCUAGAACGAUGUCUGCCGAUGCGGAAAAUGCGACAAACGACGCCGAGUUUGCUAGCGGCGAUGUUGAAGACGAUGCCGGCAGUGGCGUGAUGAUGUGUGAGACAUGCUACAACAACGCCAGCCAGCUUGAGGCUGAUGCUGAGGACGCUAAAUGUGAUGUGUGCGAUUUGCGUAGCCAACUGGCCGAAUGCCAGCAGCAGGUGGCCGACCGCGAUGCGCGUAUUGCCGAACUGGAAGCACAAGUGUCGAACUCUCAGGUUGAAGCACGCAUCGAAGAGGCGCUUGAGCCUGAUGCACGACCCCAUCUGAUGGCCAUCUCGGAUGGGAUGUUCACAAAGAUGCGUAUCGAGGAGGUGCUCCAAAACCAGAAGUUAAUUAAUCUACCAGAAGUUCUAGAUAACAUCAAGAAAGUUCAGUCCUGGCAAAAAGGAAAAACACAAUAUUGCAUGGAAAUAUAACAAUAGUGCUGCAUGGCUACCGCACAUUUGAGAAGAAACAUAUGACUAAAAUUGUAAACGGGAGCGCCCCUCAAGGAACAAAUGGUGACAGUACUAUUAGCUAACGCACGCACGGAUGGAUCACAAAUUCCGUAUCAUAUUGGAUUGAAGGGGUACUUCACAGGUAACAACGUGGUGUUUUCUGAGAAUCAGUUAAGUCAAGCGACAAGACUGAGGAUAGUACGUUAUGAAAUAAAGAUUAUUGAGCAUUCA